GUUAGACACGACAUACAAAGAUUUGACAUAAUCUUGCUCUAGCAACUCUCUCAUGCAAGAUGAACAACCUCAAUUCGAAUCCCUUGGACAUUCCAGAAAUCGUUUCGCUCGUUGGUCGCUUCCUAGAUUAUGAUGAUUGCUUACGCUGUAUCCGUGUCUCCAAAACUUUCCACAAUACACUUGCCAAAGCCAUAUGGCGAGACAUCUGUGUUGACGCCGAUUCAACGUAUCCCUCUGGCGAAGCACUGUAUAACUACAAGAAAUACAUCGAGGACCUUACGUUUUUUUAUUAUUUCCCAGAGGAUUAUUUGUCAUUACAAGGUUGUGAUCGCCUCCAAUCCAUCAGAUGUGAAGUCCAGCGUAAAUCCGAUCUCCGUCAGAUUUCCGACUUGAUCGACUCUCACAGUUCUACGAUCACCUACCUUACUUUCACCUGUCCAAGUUUAGGAGAUAUAUGGGAGCCAUUACUGAAAUGCACUCGCCUUGAAGUCCUAAGCGUCUCUAAGACACGCAUAUUUGAAAACGAAAUAGAUCAAUUCUUCCAGGUCUUCAAGCAAAUUAAAUAUUUGAACAUGACCGACGCAAGCAUCAGUCAGCUACCUUCCGACUUCUUGGGAGACGAGGCUGACAAAUACAUUUUCCCAAAUAUGAGCACAUUAUAUCUUCAUAAUGUCCGAAUACACAACCCUCCACGUCCAUACACAUCAUCUUAUUGUCUCGGGAUAUUGACUAGGAGGUGUCCAAAAUUACAGUCAUUGUACCUCUAUGAUUACAAAAAAGGCUCCUUAACUAUGGACCAAUUACAUCUUGAUUUCUGCAGGACAGCAUUCCUUCAUCAUACCUACACAGUGGCAAACUUAUCAGACCUAUCUCUCGCAUCCAUGAAAAUAAAAGACGAGGAUAUGGCGGCAAUACUCAGACGGAUGACUCAAUUGAGACGACUAAAAGUCCCGUGGGGUAAGUUUGGUCAACUCUCGAUGCGAGAAUUGCUAGCAGACGAACACGAGGCCCUGGAGGACGGGAACAUAGUACAGAAAAGAAGGGGCCGGAGACUCUGCGAUAUGGUUGAGGAACUGGAAUGGAGUGAACAAAGCGAAAGAACUGAUGGCGUUAUUCAGGCGAUCCUCUCGAAUUGUCCACGUCUGAAGAAGCUGAAAGGAUCUACAAUGACAGUGACAGAAGUUGCCAAUGGAGCAGAAUGGGUUAGUACUGGCUUGACUGAAAUGCAGGUCAAUCUUGUAGUAGAUGUUGAUCAGACGACCGAAGAAGGCAAGGAAAAGGGACGCAUUGUGUAUGAUCGGAUACAUAGUUUGGCUCGAUUGUAUGGCUGCUACUGCUCACGGUAUAAUCGACUUCUAUCCUUUGCAGGCAUGACUCCAGAGAACAGUCAGUCUUAAGAAUCUGUAUUUGUUAGUAUUCAGAUUUGAGAAUUAGCAUAAAAUAGAGAGAAGAAGAGUACAAGCACUAAAAUAAGG